AUGUUUAGUUCGUUCCCAUCGAUCCCUGGCUUUAUCGGUCCCUUUUCCCUUAAAACAUUCCUACUUCGUUACUUUGGGGCGGAAGUUCACUUUGACGUCCCCCAGCAGCCGAGCCCCUCCCUUGCUCCUUCGCGUUCCACUCAAAUCUAUCUUAAAAGCACCGGGACCUUUGCGGUGAUCGUGUACGUCUUGCGAGAGGCCACCCCGGUUUCACAGGAAGUUUCCCCGACCACGUCGUCCUCCCGAGAGGACUGGAGCCCCACCAGGGUUCGCCAACUCAGUCAAAACCCUUUCAUCCAAGCCGUUCUCGAGCAGCCGUGGUGGGCUUCCCUGCUGAAUGAGAUCGGGCCGAUGCCCGCGAGUUUUCUUCUUACGUUCUGCGCCCUUCUCGUCCAGUACGAACCUGAUGGAGGGGGGUUGCAGGUCCUUGGGCCGCCCCUCUCCCGCUUUCUUCCAGGGAGGACGUGCUAUGGGGGUAGAGGAGGGGGAUGGCGAGGUCGCCCGUGCGAGGCCGAUCCUUCGGUGGAUUCCUUUAAAAAACGUCCUCGCCUUGAAUCUUCCUUCAAUGGGAGCGUUUCUGCAUCCUCGAAGGGGAUACCACGACGGGUUUCUUCAGAGGUUUGUGAGUUCAGCCGAGGGGAUGCCGCGCGGGGGGUUCUCUUGGGGGAGUCUCCCACCACCUGCGGCGCGGGCGUUGUUCCCGAUCGCUGGUUCGAGGAGCUUUGGCUUCGUCAUCACCCCCGCAGCCGGGAGGCUCUUCUUUACUCCACCCUCCGACCGGCAGCACGGCGGCGGGCGAUUCGGGAAAAACGGAAUCGCCCAGCCGAGGAUUCAGGGGAAGGGAGCGAUCUCGCUUCGCCGAUUUCCACGCGAUCACGCAGGGAAGAGGGGAAAACGGGGGUGCCGUUGGUGGAGGUCCCGGAUCCCGUGCUCGACGCCGUUUUCCCCCUUACUCUGCACCGCAAAGGAGGGAAGAUGGGGGUAGGGGAGGGAGGGGCCUCUCCUCUCAGGCCGUGUGGUCUGCGGGAAGGGCUGCGUGGGGUCCUCCAGCAGCUUCUGACGCAAUGCUGUCAGUUCGAUCUCCGCGGCUCCGCGCUUCGCCACGGUGGCUUUUUGGAAUCGCGCUUUCAUCGUUGCGUGCAGGGUGGGAUGGAGGUGCGGCCGACAGAUGUGAUGGCACCGGUGCCGCUUGUGGUAGCCUACCUUCGCGAUCUCAUCGGGCGUUUGACGUACACCCCCCCCCCGGGGUCGACCUCCCCCUCCCUUUCUCCCGCUUCUUUGAAGGGCUCGUUUUGGGGUGUCGACGCACGCCGCGCGGCGGUCGUUCUCGACGCGGUGUGUAGCGCCCUGCGCGAUUGGUUGCGUUUUGGCAGGCGAGAGGUGUUCCCGCUUCACGCGUUUCUGGAGCGGGUCCCGGUCGGGUCGAUCCCGUGGUUGCGAUCGUUUUAUACUUCCGUAAGGGACCUACCAGGCGAGGGUGCGUUGGUGUCGUCAUCGUCGCCGCGCGCGCGACGCUCCAUGUUACAGCAGCGGGUGUUUCUCCAGUUGAUUCAUUUUCUAACCCAACAAAUCCUGCCCUACCUCAUUUGCCGGACCUUUCAUGUGACGUGGAGCCCGAAGCAUGGCAGUUGCUUUGUGUUCAUCCCCCACGCCGUGUGGGGGCGGUGGGUGCGGCGGGAGAUCCGCAAACUCCGAACCCCCUCCCCGGCCUUGUCGCUGGAGCCUUUGCAGACGUGCUUGGCUUCGAACCCACGGCUGCAAGCCCUCUUGUCGGCCUCCCGACGGGAUGCACGCGUCGUUUACGCCGCACUGCGGUUGCUCCCGGAUCAUAAAAAACUCCGCCCGAUCGCGGUCAUUCGCGAGGCCUCCGUUUGGUCGCUUCGGAAGCUCGCCUGCGGCGUGCCUUUCCCGUGCAGUCCAUCGCAGUGCAUGGCAAGGAGGCUCACCGAGCGCGUGGGAUCGUUCGUGGGGGGCGCAAACCCGCCCGGUAAGGCGUAUUUUACCCCAACAAAUCGCAAGGGAGCUUCAAAAGAUCCGGUGCUGCAUCUCGCACUAUGUUGUUUGAGAUGUGGGCUGGCGGAGCGGCGCCGAGGGCGUGGCCGCGUGCAUCCAUCUUCGGGGGAGUAUCAAGAAAUUCGUAGCUUUGUUGAGUGGUUUCGCCACUACAACAACCAACCCCCGCCUGAACACGACCCAUCGGAUGCCAAGGAGGCUAUGCAAGGGGAUUCAAAGUCGUUUCCUCGGUCGUCCCCGGCGGUCAUCACCGUGCUGCGUGGGGAUGCGAUCCGUUGCUAUGAUCGUCUCCCCCAGGAGGCCGCCUUACGGGCGGUUGACGAGUUAUUAGCUCACGACUGGUACCACGUUCUUUGUUUGGAGGUUCUCAAGCCUGAAGCGGCCCUCCCCGCGUCGUCGACGCCUUUUUCCUCCACCUUUUCUCGUUCACCACUUUUCACGGCCUCGCAGGGGGCCCUUUUACACCCUCCGCCCCAGUAUUCGCCACCUGGGCAGCUUCAACGCCAGGUUUGGCGCCCCACCCUUUCCGAUUACGACUUUCGUCGUGGGGUGCUCCUCGAUAUCCCGCGAGGUUGGAUUGUGAUGGACGGGGAUUCCCGACGAGGGGGUGCUUUCCAUGGGAAAGGACGGGGAGGAACGAAGCCGAUGGGACCCCCGGGGGUCGGGCAUUUCACCCCCCCCACCCGGAUCGACGGCCGCGUUGUGCGGGAAACGCUUCACGCGCACCUUCGCUCGCACCUCGUCGUGCUGGACGGCCACGCGUACGUCCAGCACGUCGGGCUCGCCCAAGGCUCCGCCGUGAGCAUGUUGCUUUGCGAUGUGCUCUUGGAAACGGUGGAUGCCGGGUUGUCGAGGGUGCUGUGCGAGCACGAGGAGCCGUCGCUGCUGCUUCGUCGCGUGGAUGACGUCUUGGUGCUGACGAUGUCCCCCGUGGCGGCGGCGCGAUGUGGGCGCGCGAUGCGGGCCGGCUGGCCCGCCGUGGGGUACGCCUGUCAGCCCGCCAAACUCCUCCUCCGCGGCGGCGCGGGCGUGAUCGCCUGGUGUGGGCUCCUCCUUCACCUUCCGACCGGGGAGCUGAGCGUGGAGUGGGCCCGUAUGACGGCCUCGUUGCGGGCGAUUGAGGCCACCACGCGGCCCGGCGCCGUCGCGCAUCUCGUCCGCUUCACGCGGCGUCUGAUGCGGGUGUUGCGGCAGCGCACCCCGUUGGCGGUGUUCUGUGGGCGUCUGAAUCGCCCCGCGCGGGUGGUGCAGACGCUUUAUGAGAUGGGGCUGAUCUGGUCCAGGCGGGUGCUCCGGCAGGUUCGCCGUGCGGUGCGUCGGGGGGAGUGGCGGCACGGCGGCCGACCCCUCCUCGCGCGGCCGCUCCAGGUCUACCUCCGCCUCGUGCGGCGGCUUUGCGCGCGGCUCGAGACCGGGCUCGUGCGGUGGAACUCAAGGAGUGGGAUCCCCCCGGCGGCGGUGGAGCUGUGCUCCGUGCUCGCCCUUCAUCGGGUCCUACGGAGUGAGCUCCGAGGGCUGUUGGCGAGGAGCCGCACCGCGCUCGCGCGCUCGCGCGAUGCCGUCGUCCGAUCCCCAGCGCGAGAUGGGGGUGGAAAACUUCGAAUCCAGCCAGAUCGCAUCCCAUGGCGACGAUCGCAGCGAAUGCGCGAGCGCGGCGUGUGGUGGCGCCUCGCGUGGUUCGUCUCGCAACGUCUUAGCCGCCUCCUCAGGCGCGCGGCGAUCACCAAAGAGGGGAGUCGUCCGGGAGAAAAUCGUUGUGGGGAGGGGUCUUCCGCUGGCAUGUCUGUAGUGCAAUUGCUGAUGGCCACCGGCCCCGAAUCGAUCUCAUGCUGCGCGGCAGCGGCGGUCGAGCUGUAA